GUCCCCUCGCCCCGCCCCCGCCCCGCCUCCCUUUCCGGACCCCCUCGGUCCCCAAUCCCGGCUCCCCGCUCGAUUCUCUCCCCGCCCGAUUCUCUCCCCGCCCGCCGCAGCCCGCUGCCGUCCGGGCCUUCACUGCGGCCCCGCCGCCGCCACCAUGUCCCUGCACGGCAAGCGGAAGGAGAUCUACAAGUAUGAAGCGCCCUGGACCGUCUACGCCAUGAACUGGAGCGUGCGGCCCGACAAGCGCUUUCGCUUGGCGCUGGGCAGCUUCGUGGAGGAGUACAACAACAAGGUUCAGCUUGUUGGUUUAGAUGAAGAGAGUUCGGAGUUUAUUUGCCGAAACACCUUUGACCAUCCGUACCCCACCACAAAGCUCAUGUGGAUCCCUGACACAAAAGGCGUCUAUCCAGACCUGCUGGCGACAAGUGGCGACUAUCUCCGUGUGUGGAGGGUUGGCGAAACAGAGACCAGGCUGGAAUGUUUGCUAAACAAUAAUAAGAACUCGGAUUUCUGUGCGCCUCUGACCUCCUUUGACUGGAAUGAGGUGGAUCCUUAUCUUUUAGGUACCUCCAGCAUUGACACGACCUGUACCAUCUGGGGGCUGGAGACAGGGCAGGUAUUGGGGCGAGUGAAUCUCGUGUCUGGCCAUGUGAAGACCCAGCUGAUCGCCCAUGACAAAGAGGUCUAUGAUAUUGCGUUUAGCCGGGCUGGGGGUGGCAGGGACAUGUUUGCCUCUGUGGGUGCCGAUGGCUCGGUACGGAUGUUUGACCUCCGUCAUCUAGAACACAGCACCAUCAUUUACGAAGACCCGCAGCAUCACCCACUGCUUCGCCUCUGCUGGAACAAGCAGGACCCCAACUACCUGGCCACCAUGGCCAUGGAUGGAAUGGAGGUAGUGAUUCUGGACGUCCGAGUUCCCUGCACACCUGUCGCCAGGUUAAACAACCACCGAGCAUGUGUCAACGGCAUUGCUUGGGCCCCACAUUCAUCGUGUCAUAUCUGUACUGCAGCGGAUGAUCAUCAGGCUCUCAUCUGGGAUAUCCAGCAAAUGCCCCGGGCCAUCGAGGACCCUAUCCUGGCCUACACAGCCGAGGGAGAGAUCAACAACGUGCAGUGGGCGUCUACCCAGCCUGACUGGAUUGCCAUCUGCUACAACAACUGCUUGGAGAUACUCAGAGUGUAGAGUUGGUGGCGCCAUGCCCAUGGGGCAGGGGCUUGUGUGUUUCCGCCUCUGUCCCACCCCCAAAGUAAGAAGAAACGUGUUUCCGGUGGCCAGUAUGUCUUUCAUUGCUUUGCACCCACCGUUACCAGAAGCUGCUCCUGGAGUUCCUGGCCAGUCACCCCACUGCCCUCUGUGCCGGGCUCAGUGCUGUGUGGCGCCUUCUCAGCCCAGGGCUGAGUUUUAAGAUGUUCUCUCCUUUCUUCUUCUCCUUUGGUUCCUCAAUUAAAAAUCUCUGU